AUGGAGGAAAAUCAGACAAUGGUCACAGAGUUCAUCCUACUGGGAUUUUGUCUUGGCCCAAGGAUUCAUUUUGUACUUUUUGGAAUUUUCUUCCUCUUCUACGCCUGCACCCUGCUGGGGAAUGGGGCCAUCCUGGGCCUCAUCUGCCUGGACCCCAGACUGCACACGCCCAUGUACUUCUUCCUCUCCCACCUGGCCAUGGUCGACAUCGCCUAUGCCUGCAACACGGUGCCCCGGAUGCUGCUGAACCUCCUGGACCCAGCCAUGCCCAUCUCCUUCGGGGGCUGCAUGACCCAGACCUUUCUCUUUUUGACUUUUGCACACACAGAAUGUCUCCUCCUGGUGGUGAUGUCCUAUGAUCGGUAUGUGGCCAUCUGCCAACCCCUUCGAUAUUCUGCCAUCAUGGGCUGGAGAGUCUGCAUCACUCUGGUAGCUACUUCUUGGGCAGGUGGCUCCCUCCUGGCUCUGGUCCACGAGGUCCUCCUCCUGAAGCUGCCCUUCUGUGGGCCUCACAAGAUCAACCACUUCUUCUGUGAGAUCCUGUCUGUCCUCAAGCUGGCCUGUGCUGACACCAGGCUCAACCAAGUCGUCAUCUUUGCUGCUUCUGUGUUCAUCUUGGUGGGGCCCCUGUGCUGGGUGCUGGCGUCCUACAUGCGCAUCCUGCUGGCCAUCCUAAGGAUCCAGUCAGGGGAGGGCCGCAGGAAGGCCUUCUCCACCUGCUCCUCCCACCUCUGCGUGGUGGGGCUCUUCUUUGGCAGUGCCAUCGUCAUGUACAUGGCCCCCCAGUCCCGCCACCCUGAGGAGCAGCAGAAGGUCCUUUUCCUAUUUUACAGUUUUUUCAACCCCAUGCUGAACCCCCUGAUCUACAGCCUGAGGAACGCAGAGGUCAAGGGGGCCCUGCGGAGAGUACUGUGCAAAGGUCAUUCCCAGCUGCUCUGA